CAAAUAACAAGUCCACAAGUGCAAGACAGACAACCAACGCGUUCUUCCCCCUUUUCCCCUCACUUCCUCUUCUUCUUCUUCUUCAAUCAUUUCACCAUAAUCAUCUCAAAAUCCUCUAAAAUUCACACAUUUCUGCACUAAUCUAGGGUUUCAAUCGAUUCUCCCCUUCAAUUUCCCCCCAGAUCGACCUUAAUCCCCCUUUCUGUAACCCUAAUUCCCCUAGGGUUUCCAUCAAACCCUAAUUCUCAAUGCAGUCGUUCUAAUUCUCAACCUGUUCGUGUUUUUCUGAAUUAGCAAUCAGAAGCGAACAAUUUUGUGUUGAAUUUGAUAGAUUCCGUUGAAGUUUUUUGAUAAAUUAGUUUCUAGAUUGGGUUGUUCGGAAUUAGGGUUUCGGUAGACGCUUGUUUCUUCGAAUUUGAGUCGGUUUGUUCGUGAUUUUCUGAUUUAACAGUUAGAAGCGAACAAUUCUGUGUCGAAUUUGAUACAAUCUGUCGAAAAUUUCCAAAAAAUUAGUUUCUAGAUUGGUUUGUUCGGAAUUAGGGUUUCUGUAUACUCUUGUUUCUACGAUUUUGAUUCGGUUUGUUUGUGAUUUUCUGAUUCAACAGUUAGAAGCUACCGAUUUCGGAUCGAAUUUGAUAGAUUCGGUUGAAAAUUUUCAAAAAAUUAGUUCCUAGAUAGUUUUGUCGGAAUUAGGGUUUCUCUAGGCUCGUGUUUCUUCGAAUUUGAACCGAUUUGCUCCUGAUCUUCUGAUUUAACAGUCAGCAGCGAACAAUUCAGUGUCGAAUUUGAUAGAUUCGUUUGAAAUAUUUUUAGAAAUAUAGUAUUUCGAUUAGUUUGUUCUGAAAUAGGGUUUCUGUAGGCUCUUGUUUCUUUGAAUUUGAGUCGGUUUGUUCGUGAUCUAUCGAUACAACGGUCAGAAGCGACUGAUUUCGGAUUGAAUUUAAUAGACUUGGUUAAAUUUUUACUUUCUAGAUUGGUUAGGGUUUCUGUAAACUCUUGUUUCUUCGAAUUUGAGCCGGUAAUGGUGGGUUCGGAGGCUUUACCAUCACCCAGGCAGCACGGAGUUACGAAACCGUUGUCUCUAGCAGGGCCUUCUGAGGCCGAUUUGCUUAGAACUAAGAAGUUGAAUAAGUUUUUGGUAGAUUCUGGACUUUAUGAAAGUCAAGAAGAAACGGCUAAGAGGGAGAAAGUUCUUGGUCAAAUUAAGCAGAUUGUAGUUGAGUGGGUGAAGGAACUUACUCGCCUUCGUGGGUACUCGGAUCAAAUGGUCGAGGAUGCAAAUGCAGUCGUAUUUACUUUUGGUUCUUAUCGGCUUGGGGUUCAUGGUCCCGGGGCAGACAUUGACACCUUGUGUGUCGGGCCAUCUUACGUCAAUCGAGAUGAAGAUUUCUUCUUUGGCUUGCAUGAGAUGUUGACGAAAAAGGAGGAAGUUACUGAACUUCAACCAGUUCCAAGUGCUCAUGUUCCAGUUAUGAAGUUUAAGUUUGAAGGGAUAUCUAUUGAUCUUCUUUAUGCUAGCAUUUCUCGUUCAGUCGUCCCUGAUGAUUUGGACAUAUCGGAUGUUUCCGUGCUGUAUAAUGUUGAUGAGCCGACGGUUCGUAGUCUUAACGGCUGCAGGGUUGCUGACCAAAUUCUUAAACAUGUUCCAAAUGUUGAGCAUUUUCGUACGACACUUCGUUGCUUAAAGUUCUGGGCUAAAAGGCGCGGUGUGUAUUCAAAUGUGACUGGUUUUCUUGGUGGCGUGAACUGGGCGAUACUAGUUGCACGGGUAUGUCAAUUUUAUCCAAAUGCUGUUCCGAGUAUGUUGGUUUCUCGGUUUUUUAGGGUAUAUACACAGUGGCGAUGGCCAAAUCCGGUGAUGCUUUGUGCUAUACAAGAGGAUGAGCUUGGAUGUACUGUGUGGGACCCGCGUAAGAAUCCAAAGGACAAAACUCAUCAUAUGCCAAUCAUAACACCUGCCUACCCGUGCAUGAAUUCCAGUUAUAAUGUCUCCAUAAGCACACUUCGUGUUAUGACAGAGCAAUUUCAAUUCGGUAAUCGGAUAUGUGAGGAAAUAGAACUUAAUAAAGCACAGUGGCCUGUACUUUUUGAACCGUACAUGUUCUUCGAGAGCUACAAAAACUAUUUACAAGUUGACAUAGUUGCUGCUGACCCAGAUGAUUUACGGGCUUGGAAAGGUUGGGUAGAGUCUCGUUUGAGGCAGUUGACCUUGAUGAUUGAACGAGACACGCAAGGGAAGCUUCAAUGCCAUCCGUACCCUCACGACUACAUCGACCCGUCAAAACAAUGUUCACACAACGCGUUUUUUAUGGGACUACAACGAAAACAAGGCGAAUUAGUUCAAGAAAAUCAACAAUUCGACAUCCGUGGUACAGUCGACGAGUUUCGGCAUUCGGUUAACAUGUACAUGUUUUGGAAGCCUGGGAUGGAGAUUUACGUUUCUCACGUUCGUAGAAAGCAAAUCCCACUAUAUGUGUUUCCAGAUGGUUAUAAACGGCCUCGACUUCCGCGGGCCGCGAGUCAUCAACCCGUUUGCGGUUUGGGUUCCGCUGAGAAAACGAGUGUAAAGAGAAAGGGAGAAGGUGUGGAGAGAGAUAGUCCACAAAGAAGGCAAUCAAUUAGCCCGAGCCCGAUCUCGAGCCCCUUCAUGAGUCCGCUGAGCCAUUCGUUAGUUAACGGGCUCGAACCCGUGAGUAGUUUUAAGAAUGAGGAAGUUGGGGUUAUUGGAUGUAGUUCGGGGUCUAGUAUAGUUACGAAUGAGGAUGUCGGGCUUGAAAAAACGAGUUUCGGAAGCAACUGUCAGGAGUUAAGUGAGGAAGAUUCUCAAUCGGCUGUAGAUAAAUUAUCGAGGUGUUUGAAAUUGAGCCAAUGCUAAACUCAGGAUGCUACUAUCAGAACUAGAGCAGAGCGAUUACGAGGUUAGGCAUGACAUCAACAGCUUGAGAAAGAUUAAAGAGCUGUUCUCACUUGGUAAGGUAUUAUUUUACCAGCCAUGUUUGUUUCUUGUGCUGCAAGCAAAGCAUCGGGUGUUCAAAAUACUUUUAGGUUAUUCGAUUAUUCUAUUCGGGGGUUUUAAUGGUGAGGUGAGGAUGGCGGGGGUGUAGUAACUAACGCAUCUUCCUCUGAUGUACAUGUUUUUUUUAUAUACGUUUUUUUUUCUUUCUGUUUUUGGUUAUCAAGAAGAUUAGCGGUGUCACCUAGCUUUAGAUGAAACCAUCGGCUUUGUUCUUGAUGGAGAUUGGGGGAGUCUUGUUAAUUUGUGGAUGCCGAUUUAGAGGCUUAAAUUUGUGGUAUUUUGUAAUGUUGGUUUGAAAGAUUAUAUACAUUGGUUGCAUUGAAAUGA